GGUGAAACGCCGCGACCCGUUUAAUGGAGUUUUAGUCAUCGCGCCCGCAGUACGGUACAAAGUGUGAGAUGGCGUGGCAAACGCUUGUGCUUCUGUGCCUGGCUAUAUUCCCCCUUAAUUUGGAUGCGAAAAAUGUGUUAUUUUUGCUUGCCGAUGACGGAGGCUUCGAAAUGGGGGCCUACAGGAACCGGAUCGUACAGACUCCGUUUCUCGAUGCGCUAGCAAAGGAAAGUCUUAUUUUCAACAAUGCCUACACAUCGGUUAGCAGCUGUUCACCUUCCCGGGCAUCUAUACUGACCGGAAUGCCCGAGCAUCAGAAUGGCCAGUACGGUCUGCACAAUGGUGUGCAUAAUUUUAACUCAUUCCCCAAUGUAAAGAGCAUUUCCUCGAUCCUCGGAAAGGCUGGCGUUCGAACGGGGUUGAUCGGGAAAAAGCAUGUCGGUCCCAUGGAAGCGUACCGAUUCGAUUACGAGCGAACCGAAGAGCAGUAUCCGAUCAAUCAGGUUGGCCGAAACAUCACGCAGAUUAAACUGUUCGUGAGAGAAUUUCUGCAGCAGAGCAAGCAAACGACGGCCAAUGAAUCGUUCUUCCUGAUGGUUUCCUUUCACGACCCGCACCGGUGUGGCCACAUAACGCCGCAGUUUGGAAGCUUUUGCGAACGCUGGGGAUCGGGUGAAGAAGGAAUGGGUUUGAUUCCGGACUGGCAUCCGAUCUACUACGUAUGGGAUGAGAUCGAUCUUCCGUUUAACGUGCCAGAUACACAGCCGGCCCGUUACGAUUUGGCCGCACAGUACACGACCAUUUCACGGCUGGACCAAGGUGUUGGGCUUGUGUUGAAGGAGCUACAUGAUGCGGGUCUGGACGAAGAAACGCUCGUCGUGUACACCUCCGACAAUGGUCCGCCAUUCCCAGCGGCUCGUACGAAUCUGUACGAUCCCGGUAUGGCAGAACCAAUGUUCAUACGAUCGCCAGAGACAGGCGCUCGCCGGAAUGAGGUCACCUACUCGAUGACAAGCCAUCUCGAUCUAGUGCCCACGAUUCUCGAGUGGUUCAAUCUAUCCUACCCGCUACCGAACUCGCUGACGGGGCGCAGUUUACUACCCCUGCUGUUCAAGGAACCUUCGGGCCAAUCGGACGAUGCCGUGUUUGCCAGCCAGAGUUUUCACGAGAUCACUAUGACGUAUCCGAUGCGGGCGAUCCGCACAAAGCGCUACAAACUGAUACAUAACAUCAACUACCAGCUUCCGUUCCCGAUCGAUCAGGACUUUUAUAUGUCACCGACGUUCCAGGACAUUCUCAACCGCACGCUCGCGAAACAGCCGAUCCCGUGGUACAAGACACUUCGUUCGUAUUACCAGCGGCCAGAGUGGGAGUUGUACGAUCUGAAGAUGGAUCCUACCGAAUCGAGAAAUCUAUUCGGUAAAAGCAGCACGAAGGAAACUUUUGGGCAGCUAAGGGACCGUCUGCAACGCUGGCUCGAAGCGACGAACGAUCCAUUCCGCUGUGCCCCAGAUGGUGUCCUGCAGGAUACCGGUGAAUACCGGGAUAAUCCCACUUGCCUGCCUUUGGGCCAUACAUAAUCACAACACGUGUGCGCAAGUAAUAGUUAUCGUAGCUUAGUCCAGAAAACGAAUAAAUAAAGUAUAUGUUCACAAGUUAGGAACA